AUGGAAUCGGAGGAGGAUGGCAUACGUGGAGCGCAUGAGCGAACGGUGGAGGAGGAAGACUCGAUCCUGAGAAGUAUGAAGAAGCCUAAAGGUGAGACUAUGGCUGAUGAGAACAUGGAUGAUGAAAUAGACAAGUUAAUCAGGUUAAAUGGUGGAGGUAAUAUAUCAGAGAGUGAGGAAGACGAUUGGAAAGAGAUCCAACGUAGGGAAGAAGAGGAAGAUGGAGGUGAGAAGGAUCCGAUCCAAGGUGCUGAGGAUGAUCCACUAUGUCCAUCACUCCAAUUUUCUAAAAGCCAACGUAAGGAAGACUGUCGUCAAUGGAGGAAGGCCCUAAUUAUCAAGUUAUUGGGGAAAAGGAUUGGGGCUCGGUUCCUAAUGGCUAGGCUACAGAGGUUAUGGAAUCUGGUAUCAACUUAUGAGUUGAUUGAUCUGGAUAAUGGCCAUCUAAUUCUAAGAUUCCAGGAUGAGGGAGAUUAUCUGCAUGUGCUGCAGGAAGGACCUUGGAUCGUGGCUGAUCACUAUGUUGUGGUCCAGAGAUGGCGUCCAUUUUUUGACCCUUAUGAUGAGGGGUUUAAGAAACUGGCGAUUGGUAACCUGUUUGGAAGGACUCUUAUAGUUGAUAAAAAUUUCCUUCGCAGAACUGAGCUAGGUGAUGAUGUCAUUACAGAGAGAGCAAAAUUUGCUCGAAUCUGUGUGGAGGUGGAUCUGAGAAGAAGCUUCUUGUCGAAGUUCAAAAUUAGGGAGAAAGUAUAUCAAGUGGGUUAUGAAGGCUUGCAUUUAAUAUUCUUUAGGUGUGGCAUAUAUGGGCACAGGAAAGACCAGUGUGUGGACAACCAGCUUAGGGAUCAGGGUAAGCAAAUGGGGGCUGAUUCAGGAAGCCAGAGACCUAUGGAAGGUAAAGCAGUUGAAAUUGCUAGGGAGAAAGGCAAGAAGGAGGAAGCUUUCGGUAGCUGGAUGGUUAUUCAGAGAAUAAAGAUAGGGGGUAAAGCCAAAGCUGUGCCAAUGAAAAAGGUGGUUGGUGUGGAAGAGUGUGCUGGAGUUGACAAGGUGAAACAAGUUACUGGAAAAGUGGAUACCACUAUGGAAGAGGCUAGUACUAGUGUCCCGAAUGUUACUAUGGCAGAUAUCAAGGAAGAGGCUAACAUGGCCAAGAAACCUAUUGAUGAGUCUAGUAGGGAGGCUGAGAUUAAAGAGGGAAAUAUAGCUGUUAAAGGAGGCAUUCCUGAAAUCUCUAGUCCUUGCCAUUCUCUAAAGGUUAAUAGGUUGGAUUCUGGCAGACAGAAGAAAGGUGUCCUUAAGGAGAGCAGGGGUAAAAAUAUAAGUAGUGGAGUGAAAAAUAGUAAAGGUGUGCCUUAUGGUCAUAAAAAGGGUGAAAUGGAGAAUCUACCUCCUAAUGCGUUGGUGGGUGGUCCUGACUCAGGGAGCAAACAGAGAAGCAAAAUUAAAGACUUGUCAGUGGGAAGUGGCAGUCCAGUGGAUGAAUCUAAUCAAGUCAAGAUCAAGGGGAAAGGAGUGGUGCUGACUGCUGUGUCAAAUGAGGUCAUUAUGGGCCUGAAGGAACAGUUCCCCUCUGUAAAUAAAGUUAUGUUUAUUUGCUCUUGGAAUUGUAAAGGGGUGGGGGAAAAGGAAUUCCCUGCCUUAGUCAGAGACAUGAGGUAUAGGUUUAAUUUUAGUAUUUUGGCUUUGUUGGAAACUAAAAUUAGUGGUAAUAGAGGGGACAUGUUAAUAAAGAAGCUUGGGUUCUCUAGAAAUUUCAAAAAAUAUGUUGUUGGGUUCUCUAUGGGUAUAUGGUUACUCUGGGAUGAGAAGAAGGUGAAGGUGGAAAUUAUUGAUGCUCAUCAUCAAUUUAUUCACACUAAGGUGAUUUACUUGGAAAAGAUGAAGUCCGAGUAUAUCACUUUUGUGUAUGGUAGUCCAAGAAGAUUGGAGAGACAAUCUUUGUGGUUAAGCCUGGAAAGUAUUGCUCAGGAGAUAGUUGGCCCUUGGUUAGUUUUAGGAGACUUCAAUUCAAUAUUGAAUGCUUCUGAAAAGAUUGGGGGUAAAGAGGUCAAUGAGAGUAGCCUCAUUGAUAUGCAGAGAUGCUUAACUAGCUGUGACAUUGGGUUUAAAGGUCCAGGUUUUACAUGGAAGAGGGGUAAACUCCAGGAAAGACUUGAUAGGGCUUGUUCGAAUGAGGCUUGGAAUCUAAGCUGGCCUAAUAGCAUCCUAUCUCAUCUGCCCUAUUUUAAUUAUGACCAUAGGCUUAUCCUAUUAAUUCAGGAUCAGGUCAACAGGUUGGAUGAUAAGGAUAAACCAUUCAGAUUUUUAGCUUCCUGA